AUGUCCACUCCGGGAGAACGGAAGUUCUCCCAAAAACUCACGGGAGUAGAGUUCGUCGCUUACGCUCCAACAUCAAGCUACGAAGAAGAAGUCGAAGCUUUCUAUAUGGACCUGGAGAAGUUCUACCGAGAAGAUCAUGCCUUUUACAAGGUUAUAAUCGGCGGUUUCAACUCCAAAGUUGGCCCAAGAAGAACGCCGGAGGAACUUCACAUUCCCAAGGGACCCACGGCCUACAAUGGAAAGACCAGGGGGAGAUGUUCUCCGAGUUCAUCAUGA